CGGAGCUGGCCUUUGGGGUCGCCUCCUCGCCGAGGGCUCCAAGGAGGACAUACUGAAGAGGAGAAAUGACUCAAUUGAAGAGUGCCAUGCCAGGCUGCAGGAGGCGCAAAAGAGACGCCUGGAACAAAGGGAAAAGUUCAAAAAGGAGGUGUCUGACCAGGAGAUUGAGUCGGACCGCCGCAAGAGGCGGACCAUCGAGGAGCUCAAAGAGAAGGAGCUCCAGUCGGAGCGGUCCCACCUGGCGGAGUGGCAGCAGGGAGGGCCGUCGCGCGGUCGGAUUAGUCAUCCUGGUGCCGAGGAAAACUGGCACGACCAGCCCUGUUACCAUGGCAGGGGCUACUGGCCAGGCAGGUACGAGGGCGGCGGGGGCCAAGGGGACCAGGGACGGGAAGGGGAGAGGAGUGACGGCGCUUCGAGGAAUGGAGAAGGAGGAGAGGCGGAGAGGCGCGUCGGCGAGAUAUGGGAAUGUGGAGAGGAGGCAUGCGAGGGGGAGGAGGCUUGUGGCGAAUGUGUAGCCGCGGAAGAAGGCGAGGUGCCCGGGGGCGUCACAUUCGCGCCCCUGCCACCCCCUCGCCAGCCGCUGCAGUCCGUGUCGGUUCAGUUUACGAAACUGGAGACGGACCACCUGCCCGCCCGGGAGUCUCGGGAGGAGGACAUCCGCAUAUACAAGAAACAAAACCGAGGUAUCGAGGGGGCGGGCGACGGCGGCGUGGACAUCGGCGACAGGCAACCCGCAUUUUUGAAAGACAAAGGGGACGCGCUGUACGAACAACGGAACUACGAGGGGGCCGCAAACGCCUACAGCCGAGCCAUCGAACUCGACCCCUCGCCCGCCGUCUACUUCGCCAACCGCGCGGCCUGCCACUUCAAGAUGGGACGGCACGAGGCCUGCGCGGGCGACUGCACGGCCGCGCUGGAGCGCCUCCGGCCCCAGAAAGAAAAAUACGAAAGCGGAGCUCUGGCGGAAGGCGUCGAGAAGUUCAAGCGGCUGAUGUCGAAGGUGCUGGGCCGACGAGCGGCGAGCAGAUGCGCCAUGAAGGAGUUCGGGGACGCGGAGGCGGAUUUUGCAGAGGCCGCCAG